AUGUCGGAGACGGAAGGAACAUUUCGACUUCAUUUCUUUGUCUCAGCACUACUCUUGUGUUACUUUAUCAUGCAGAUGCUGGGCACUUCCAUCAUGGUCCUCGGCUCGAAAUGUUUGAACUGCCGACGACCUUUCCACCACGACGAGGAAGCUUUCUUCCGGGCCCAAGUGAACUUGGUUCCUUCGGUUCCUUCCAUGGCGAAGCUCAGAGUUGGCAAACAGCGCUUGUUGGUGGCCACCGUCUUUCUCGCCACCUAUGGGGUAAGUCUGAUGGCCACCAUCUACAGCAUCAGCAAGCAGAGUUUGUCACCGAUCUCGGGCUUAGACUGGGAGCUGUGGCUGGCGUUGUUCGCUUUGAACGCCCUGUCGAUGUUGGUCCAGGCUUUUGUGGCCGUGGGCCGCCUCAAUGUGGGCAGAAGCUUUCGCUUGGGCGCCUUUGCGGAGGCCAGUCUGAUGGGGAUGUCGCCGGUGAUUUCGGACCAGUUCGACACGGUGAAGGACGUGGUCUUCGCGGGGCUGUGCUUCCAAUCCGACAGCCUCUUCUUGCGUGUCAUGGGCAUUUGUAGUCUUCUGUACCUGCUCUUCAUCCAUUUCUAUUUCCUCUCCAUGGACUCCACCCUGGCGGAACUCGCUGCCAGUCACAUCCCCGUAGUCCUCGUCCCCUCCACCGCACUGCUACCGACCGCGGUGCCGGCGGCGACGACGGCAGCGCCCGGUGGAACUGGCUGCGGCGUGGUGAAGCGGAGGAUUUUGCCGGUGCUGUACAGACAAACCACACCUACCAGGCGUUGGAUGCUCUGUAUGGAGAAUUUUCCGCAGGCCGUGCUGGCAUUGGCCUUUCUUUGCCUCGAGGGUGGCUCCCUCGUGGUUGCGACGCUGAACCUGCUCUUCCCGGCGGCUCAGCUCACCUUGGCCUGGAUCUUCUUCCCUCGUCUGCGCCAGGCCGUGGCACCGUGGCUCGGGGAACGCCUGGGCAUCGCCUUAGAUGACGAGGAUCAAUUGGGCGCCAGGCGCUUGUGGAAUGAGGCAGACUUAGACUCUGACUUGGGUCUUCUGCGAGUGGCUCUGCCACACAUUCGCCCCAUGAUGGAUGCCUUUCAGUUGCAGGAGUCACCGGAGGCGCUUGGCGAUGAGAAGCUGAUCAUCAUCCGCGCCUGGUGGCAGGUUUUGGUGGAGCCCAGUCGAGAGGAGGCGAGUUUCUCCGGCUACGAUCUAAGCGAGGCCAAUGCCAAGGUGAUGGCUUCGGCAUUGCGAUGGAACACAACGCUCAAGAAACUGUGUCUGCAAGACAACCGCUUCAACGCCGCUGGGUACGAGGCACUGGCAGCGGCGGCGCGCAACUCAGCGCUGGAAGAAUUGCAUUUGACGCAGUUGAGCAGCGAGGAGAAGACGGAGGCCUUGGCUCAGUUCAUGGCCGGCAAGUGCCGCAGCGAGCUGCUGAACCUUCGCCACGCCGGCGUCACGGCGGAGGUGGCACAGGUCUUGUCGGCGGGAAUCCGAAUCCCUGGUCACUCUGCCAGCGUGAAGAAAUUGGAUUUGUCGGAGAAUGACUUUGGAAUCGCGGGGCUGGAGGCGAUCAUGGAGGCCUUGAAGGUCAAUAUGACCCUGCGAGAGCUCUGCUUGGAGAACACCAUGAUCAAUCACUUCGGUGUCGAGGAACUGGCAGUUACGCUGAGACAAAACACGGUGCUGAGGAAGCUGAGUUUGAUUGGCAACAACAUUGGGCUCGACGGGACUCAGGCCUUGGUCAAUGCCGCACGCGCGGGGGCCAUUGAGGAACUUCACCUCUUUGAGCUGCGGCCCUUCGAGUAUCACCAGACAGAUCCGAAUCAGGCUUUAGCCGAGAUCUUGGUUGGAAGCUUUUCGCAGAGCGAGUUGGACCUCCACUUCUGCUGCAUCACUGAUGAGGUCACCCAGGCAUUGGCGAUGGCCUUGCAAUACAACCAGACCUUGGUGCAUCUUCGCUUGGACCUCAACAAGAUCCGCGUCGCCGGCGCUAAGGCGCUGGCCACGGCAUUGAGUGAGAACCGUUGCGUGCAGAUUCUGAACCUUGCGGGCAACGCUCUGGGAGAUGCGGGAGCCCAGGCAAUCGCGGAGGCGUUGGAGCGCAACAGGACCUUAGUGGAACUGGUCCUGAAUAAGAACAACAUCGGUCAGCAAGGAACUGAGGCGCUGUGCUCCGCGAUGAUGACCAACAGUAGCCUGAAGAAAUUGGCCCUGGUUGGCAACGACUGGGGAGACAUUGGGCUACAGGUCUUGGUGAGGUCAGCGUACCGCUCGUCCCUGGAGGAGUUGUACCUCUUCGAGCUGCCACGGAAGGAACAUCACCAGGUCUUGGCGCGUUUUCUCGGCGGCAACUUUGAGAAAAACGAGCUGGACCUCGAGCGAAGCGGCAUGACUGACUCGAUGGCAGAGGCCGUGGGCAUCGCGCUGAAAAUGAACAGCACGGUGAAGAAACUCUGCUUGCGCUACAACGACCUCAGCGAAAAGGGUUUUGAGGCCAUUAAUAGGGGACUGGAGCUGCCGAAGAGACGAACGUCUCUGUUGUCUCUUCGCUCCUUCGGAUCCAAGAUGGUGUCGCCGCGGGACUCGGGCAUCGUCAUCCAGACGUGA